AUGGCUCACCGGGCUCGUAAUUACGAGUCCGACGACUACAAGCUCCUGCUCAGCAAGACCGAAAGGUUCCCGCACAAGCCCACGCUGAAUUGUUUCAAGCGGCAUCCCCUGUUCGAGCUCUACGAGGCUGCCGGCCGUCUCCGGGAUUGUGCGAAAGCCUGGUGGCUGGACCAAAAUGAUACGGCGUUCUGGGAAAAUUCAGUCAGCCAAGGUGAGGCCAUAACCAAGUACAUGAAAAGGCAGGCUUUUCUGCUCUGUAGAGAAUUGUGGACAAAGUUCCAGAGCAACGAGGAAAAGUAA